GAAAGGGGAAGUGACCUGUUGCCGAAAUGAUGAAGACUGUCACUCUUUUCGCUGUAGUUCUUUCGUUCAGCUCUGAAUUUGCAGCCUUAGUUAUGUCACCAGGGGAUUCAGUAAAAAUUUGCUACUCUCCUUCCUCGUGUAUUCAAUUGACUGUGUGCAGAUGCUGUUCAGCAAAUGACAAAAAGACUUCAUCUAGUAAUGACGAUAUAAAUGAUAUAACUGAUGACGUUGAAGCUUUUCACGAGCCAGUGGAUUCUGGAUAUAAUAAUAGUGACCAUCAAAUGAGAUCUGAGAAUUUACUAGCUAAUCGGGCAUUUGGAGAUGAUGCAGAUGGAUAUGGAAGCGGAUCUGGAGAAGGAUGUGGAGAAGGAUGUGGAGAAGAAUCUGGAGAAAGAUCUGAAGAAGGAUCUGGAGAAGGAUCUGGAGAUUCUGACGAUGACGAUGAGGUAACAGUCAAUCCUUCAAUGUGGGAACAACAUGUAAUUAAACCGGAACUGGAGGAAAUUAUUACCGAUACCAACGAUGAUUUCACUUUUCAAGAAAACAACGAAUGAGAUGACUCGACGCAUUCGAAAUCUCUUAGAUUAUUUAGAGAUUGUCUUCCAAAUCGAAAUGUCACUCCAACAGCGUCAGUAUUAAAAUAAAUAAAAAAAUACCGUCAGA